AAAUUUUUAGGUGAUAGGCUGAUAAAUUAAAUAAUACUAAUACAUUUGAGAAAUUCAAAAAUAAAUAGGUCUGUCUCCUUGACUUUCUUUUAGCUAAACUACAAUACUAUAAAAGCUUAACACGUUUAUUUAUCUAUAUCAAAAGUUAAAUCUAUAUCUUAAAGUAGAAUAAGUAAAUUUAGAAAUACAAUUGUAGAGAUCCUAAACUAUAUUUAAUUAGCAAUAAAUAUGGGAUAGAAUGGUAGCACUAAUUGUUGUGGAACAACGGCAGAUUGUUAAUAAACGGAAGUUGAGGUGAGUGAAUACCAACUCAACCAAAAUUAAUCUUUAAAAAGGCCUGCUUAGAUUUAAAGUUAGAAUGGAGUUGCUUUAAGUGAGCAGUAGUAAAAAUAGCUUGAGGAGUAGCAUAAAAUACUUAUUUAGUAGCAGUAAUAAAUAUAAUAGGACUAACACUUAGGCUCUACCCAAUAAUUUUAGACAGGGAAUGAUAAAAGUAGCACUAAAAAGAAGAAGAAUAUGCAAAAUCAAGAAUUAGCAAAUCAUUUGAGAAAGAUUUCAAACAAUGACAGGAUUAUAAUGGAGAAUAGUAUCAUACAUUCUACUACUAAAAGAUUAAAUGAAGUGACAUCUACUAAAAAGAUUAAAAAAGAGUUAUCAGAAAUAGUUCAUUUUGCAAAAGUUUUAUAGUUAAAAAUUAUAUCUUCCAGCACUUUAUCAAAGGGAAGUCUACUUUACAUAAAUGCCCAAGGAUUAGAGAAUUCUCUUAGAAAGGAGCUUGAUGGGAUGACGUUUUUUGGAUGCAAAAAGAGAUGUCGUAACAUAGACAAUAUCAACUAAGGAUAGUUUGAUAACUUCUCUUCUUAUAGUAGCUCAAGUAGCAAUGAAGAUGAAAUGGAAGAAGACGACCAUACUUUUGACUAGGCUGCAUCUAAUUAAAUUUUAGAUGACAUCUAUGAUGAUUAAGAUAAUAAUUAGCAGAAUAAUAUUUAAAAUAAAUAGCAAUUCUUGUAAUAAAAAAAUCAAUCUUCAUUUCCAAAAAGCAAUCUUCAAAGCUAACAGCAAUAAAAAAGCGGGUUAAAUUCAAAAAACAAUUUAAAAUAAUCAUCAUCUGUGUCUGCUUAACAGAAAUUUAAUAAUUUAAGAGGCAGUUUAAAGUAAAAAAAUUAAAAAGAUGUAGAUAUUUCUUUCGAAGAGGAAGAAGAAAAAGAGAAUAACCCUCUCUAAAUGAAUAAAAAUGGUUAAUAAAAAUAAAAUGGAUCUUUAGCAAAAAAAUAAAACCAAAUAAAUAACAACAAUGUAAAUAAAACUACAGGUGAUGGAUUCAAGAAAAAUUUAAUCACUAAACAACAGUAAUCAAAUUAAAUGAAAAAGGAAGAAUUAAAAGACUCAAAAUAUAUAAAUAAAAGUGUAAAUCCAUAAUCAAAUAAAAUAAAUUUAAAUAUUAAAACAGAAAAUUUCAAAAAUAACAAAAAUUAGUUUAUUCUUGAAGAGAAAAAAAAUAAAGUAAAUAAAAAUGGAGAAAUCGUGAAUGACUUUGUAAUACCUUCACCAGAUCCUGAAAUAAGUAAAAGACAUAGAGGGAGACAUUUUUAAAUAUAUUAUGAUCGUACUUCUAACUCUUACAAAAUAAAGGAUUUGGGAAUAGGGUUUGGAUGCUUUUACAAGCUUGAUGGUCCUCUCCUUUUAAAAGAUAAUCACUUGCUCAAUAUAGGACUAAUAUUUGUAGUGAUUAAUUUUACAUUAAACCAAGAUAACACAGUUUUGGAUGCUUCCACUAUUAACAAGAGUAGCAACACAACUUAGUAGCAACAUCCUUCUAACAACUCACAAUUAAAAAAUAAUUAAUCCUUUUUAAUAUCACAAAAUAUUUCUAAUAAUAAUAAAAAUACCUAAAAUAAUCAAAAUCAAAUCUAGCUUUAAAACAAUCAACUUACAUCUUUAAAUUAAAGUGUUGAUUUUGUAAAUGAAAGUAUCAAUAAAAUAUGUAUUCGUCUUAAAUUUUUUGGUGGGCCUUGCAAUGGAGAAUCAUGUGUUCUGGAUCCUCAAAAAGAGACAUUUGCAACUAUUGGUAGAAACAAAGAGCAAUGCACUCUUCAUUUCGAUGAUCAUCUUCUCUCAAAAAUAUAAUGCCGUAUUGUUUUCAAACCUAACGAAGGCUGGUAUCUGAUAGAUGGUUCACAAAAAAGAGCAUCUACUAAUGGCACUUGGCUAUAUUUAGCUGAGGAGAAAGAAAUAUACGAAGGCAUGAUAUUCAAAGCAAAUUAAACUUUAUUUUAAUGCUCUAUGCAAUGA